UUAUAAGAUCUUUUUAUAAUAAUCUGUAAGAUGAACGGAUUUAACGAGAAAAAUUUAAUGAUUUUAUUAUUUUAUAUACAGUUUUCUGAGGCAUGUUUUUCAAUAAUAAGACAAUUGCUAUUUGUAAUUAUUAAUUAUGUAUGCUUGCGAUAAGAUCUGUAAAUAUAUUUGGCGCGAAUCUUUAUAAUCUUAAUUCUAAACUAGAAAUUAUCGUAAUUACAUGCAACUGAUUUCUAUCAAGUCUUAUAAAAUACGUUGCGAAAUUUAUUUAAUUAAAACUAUGCUCGUAGAGAAAAGACAUGUAAAAUUAAAUGGUAGGAGAUAUGAUAUGAUGGAAAGUAAGAUUUGUUUGUGACACGCUAUCUAUUGUUCUAGACUUAAUUGCAUUACAACAGUAUUUGUUGCAGUCCCGUGGAAAAUAAGAGAUAUGUUUACGGAGGCCGAGAUUCUUUUAUUAAAUCAGUUUUAUUAAAUCAGCCGAGAUUUAGUUGCACAUUUCGUUGUCAACUCCCACUGUUUCCCUCUUGCCACGCGUAUCUUAUUGUUAGGCAACGAGGUGCCAACGUUAAUAAUGUAGUGGCAUGCAUCUUGUUUAUUAGCUUCCGGCACCUCGUUGCUAAUUGUAAGAUAUGCGCGGCAAGAGGGGAACAGUGAGAAUUAUGCAACUAAAUCCCGGCAAUGUAUUAAAUAAUCAAUGUGAUGAACUGCGGUGUAGAAAUGCAUUUAGAGAAUGCAACAGUGAUGACAUAAAUUACAUUCCACGUGUAAAUUAUAAAAUGCUUCAAACGUGAAAUAUAUCUAAUUUUUUUUAUAUGAAGAACUUCACGAACGCUGCGUCAUUUAGGUAGAAACGAUUUAAGUAGACAAGUAGGAAAAUAAUUCUCUUGGCUUUCUCAUUAUCACUUCGUUCUGACCUACAUUUCUCAAUUUGACGUGCACAGUCCGAUUUUAAUUUAGAUUCCUCUGGAUGACAGGUUUUCCCGUGAUGUCAAACAUGGCAAUAAAAAUAACAGAAAGUAAAGAAAUUGUUCGAGAUUCACUGACGACGCCCAGCGCUGAGCGCGAGAAUCGUGCACUCGAGACUCGGAAGUCUUCGAUAAGGAUUUGACGGCAGGAUUAGACACAACACACCAAAGAAAGUAAAGGUUGCGAUUCAGUGAAAUUGAAUCUGUAUUUGUCGUCUCAGUUUAAUAGUGGUUAACGCAGAGAACCCGAUUUAGUAAAACCAGGCGUCGAUUUUUUCUUUUUUUUUUUCAAACAGAAAUGUUAUUGCGAAAUAAAGAAAGAAUAUAAGCCAAUCUUUACAGAGACUUAUCCUUAAUAAAAUUUUAUAACAUUAAUAAACAUAAAAAAAUGCGUAGUUAGAAAUAUUGUACUUAAAUAAAAAUAUCUAUGUAGACUACUGAGAGACCGAAUGAGUUCUCCUCUUUACUCAAGAUAAAGUUUCUUUUUGUGGUACGAUCUUUUUUUCAAGAUUUAUGAAUACAUUAUUUGUGAAAUUUACAAUUGUUUCGUGAAUCCCAGAUCAGCAUCCGCGAUGGCAUUUUUUCUUUUUUUUCUCUCUAUUUGCCGGCACAUACGAAGAGAAGGAUGAUCGUUGACCAGUUACGAGUAACGGGCACAUCGACCGCGUUCUACAACGAAGAAGAGAUCCGUGAUUAAAAGGUGUGUGGGUUUUAUGAAAGAAAUCGAAGCAAGAGUCGCGAGCGAUCUCAUUCCUCUGAAAAAUCUCUGUCGUGUCGAUAGCAAGUACGAGUCGUGUCGAGAGCAACUUCGAGUUUGGUGGAUCUUGCAGCUAAAAAUGUCGUUCCUAAUAGUUUUACUUGGAAUCGGUACUCUGUUACAUUGCUGCUCAACCGGUGCUCAUCAAGUAAGACAAUUAUUAUAUUAUGGGCACGAGAAAAUAGCAGGUGAUCAUUUAUUAGGGACAGAAAAUUUACCAUUGACGCCUUUGCCACAGAAUGAAGUUUCAAAACAGUUCCAAGGGAAUUAUCCAUUCGCACUAGGAUACAGACCACAAAAGUGUCCUUUGUGCGACAGUUUGGUUUAUCCCUAUUGCGGAGAGAAAUUGUUGCACGAUGCUUGCUGUUGCACAGAGUCUCAUCACGAUUUACCUUACCAAUGCAGAUUGGCAGACUGCCGAUUUCUGCACGCCAGAACCUGCAGGGAACACCGAUUGAUCGCCAAUUGCUGUUGCAGCGUAGACGACGAUUAUCGCGCUAUCCUGAAAAGUCUCGCGCAAGGAUAA